CACGACCUACAUGGCAGGUAUUCUCCCUCCGGAGGAGGAGGAGGAUGGGAUUGUGCUGACGAUGGUUAACGCCGUUGGAGAGAGGGGCGAGGAGAGGUGUGAGUUGUUUGUGUUGGAUGCGAGGCGAUGGGAGGAGAUUGGGAGUGCGUGUUUGGGGGGAUGGCAUGCGAAGAGUGUUCAUGGGAGUUUUGUUGAUGCGAAUUGAGUUGGGGUUUCGGUGACACGAUCUCUGGACAGCGCUUUUAGGACCGAAGAUGCCAGCAUUCCAUCGGACGCAUGAACAUACCUGCACCUCGCUUCACGUCGGCAUCUGCCUCGUCGGAAAUUGCGACAAAGAGCUACCUCUCGCAGGAUCUCCCCCGGCUCUUGACGCCGCAGACUGAGCUGGCAGGAUUGGCCGCGGUACGUGUUUAUUCUCGGACGACGGCGCUGGCGGGUCCAGAGCGUUUUGAGAAUCUACAUACCGGUAGACGGAGAGCUGCUUCAAAACAAAGUCGGCCCGCGAUAUCACAAAGGACAAGACUUUAUCACCACGUGAUCCCGGGAUAUCGAUAUCGAUACAAGUUGACA